UGGAAGAAGGUGUGAAGGUGCUUGGCUAUUGGUGGAUGGGUGAGGAAGGUGGCGGUGGAAAAAGGUGCGAAGGUGUUGGCUAUGGUGAAUGGGCGAAGGAGGUGGAGGUCAAAGAAGGCAUGAAGGUACUUGGCUACGGUGGAUGGCUGAAGGAGGUGGAGGUGGAAGAAGGUGUGAAGGUGUUUGGUUAUGGUGGAUGGGUGAAGGUGGAGGUGGAAGAAGUUGUGAAGGUGCUUGGCUUUGGUGGACGGGUGAAGGAGGUGGAGGUGGAAGAAGGUGCGAAGGUACUUGGCUAUGGUGGAUCGGUGAAGGAGGUGGAGGUGGAAGAAGGUGUGAAGGUACUUAGCCAUGGUGGAUGGGUGAAGGAGGUGGAGGUGGAGGAAGGUGUGAAGGUACUUCGCUAUGGUGGAUGGGCGAAGGAGGUGGAGGGGAAAGAAGGUGUGAAGGUGCUUGACUAUGGUGGACCCUAAGCUUCUAAUCCCUACCUACUUGCCUGAUCUCAAUAUCUGAACCAUCAGAAAAACUUUAAUUUGCAAAAUGCAAACUUGCAACAAACAUUCCGACUUUGC